AUGUCCUCAUUCUCAGAUAAUCAGCAACCAUCUUCAUCUCAGUUCUACCCACCACAGUCAGCACAGCCAUAUAAUUCAAUAUUUGGCGGUCCAAGCAGCGAUGUUGAUACACCACCAUCUUCUCUGCCGGAGCCACUUCGGAGGUCUCGAAGAUCUCUAUUCGGCGGCCAGAGCGGACUUGAUGUUAUUCCAGAGCAGGGAAAUCUCUCCAGCUCCAUGGAUGUGGGUAAGAUCGAGGGAGAAGAAGAAGAAGAUGAAUUUGACGUAAUUAUGCGGGAGAGGCCGCUGGACGCCUAUUACGGGUCUGUCGGAGACAGCUUUCGAGGAAGUGAUGAAGCCAAAGACGAAGAUGAUGACGAUAGUGAGCCCGAAUCAGAUACCGGCCCUCAGUGGAAGGGCAAACAACCGAUGUUGCCCUCUUCGCCCGUGGAGACACGACCUCCGCCAAUGGCCACGACAUACGUACUUGAUCGCGGCCUUGAUCUGCCAGCUGGUGCGGAACGUCCAAAUCGCUGGACUGGAGCCCCUUCCACGUACAGGCGACUUACUACCGACGAAAGGGGAGCCUACGAAGCAGUGGUCACAAGUCGAGCUAGAGACCUUGCAGCUCACCUUUACAGCGCUUAUACAAUUCGCACUCAGCGUAAUCAAGCCCGAGGCACGUCUCAGAAUCGUCAAGAGGCUGAUGCACAGGAGCGAAUCUUCCCUCCUCGGCGCUGGGUCGCAUGGCCGAGGCCUGCUACUUAUGUGCCACGCCCUGACGAGACUAUUCACCGACAAUUGGAUGGACCCGGUACGAUACGAAUGCCACCUGAUUUACGUCCCAGCUCGGACCUGGAAGAGUCUAUUAUUGCAAAUAUGAUGAAGCAUGCCAAGCAAACAUUCAUGGCACGUGAAUGGGAUCUGGAAGAGGUGAGGGUUAAACGUGUGAGGAGAGAAGGUGACCCCGAAGACAUGAAAGAUGAAGACAUGAAGGAUUUCGAGGACGAGAAGGAUGAAGAUCCCAAACCAGAUGCAGUAUCGCUUCAACCAGUGGUCCAAGCCGAUGACGGUACAUCCAGACAACAGCUUCGUCCGCUAUCCCGUAAUAUUAUCACUCAAGUGGACCGCCUUUUGAUGGGAUUACACCAUUCUGUGAAGACCCGCUUUCACGAUGACGACUCCGGUAGUGACUCCGAAGGCGAAAUGGACGAUACAGACUACAACGAGACAUCCCGAUCGCGAUCUCGACCGACGAGUGGGAGCAGAAGCCGGUCACGAGGCCGUAAACGGGCCCGCCGGCAAUCAACUCACUCGCGGACGUCUAGUCAUCGCUCUAGAAGUAUUCGAUCAUCUACUGCCCCCAGCACUCAGGAUGGAAGUGUGCGCAAUACUUCGCGAUCUCGUGGAAGAUCCCGUACCUCUCGAGGCAGUGGUGAUUCCACGAUGAAAUACAGACUUGGUCUUCGUGACUGGAGCGAGGUCAUGGGCAUUGCUGCUAUGAUGGGUCUCCCAAAUGCUGCGGUGAUGCGUGCCUCCAAGCGAUGUGCCGACCUCUUUGAAGAAGACAUGACGUUCCGUACCUUCCACGAAGGCCGAUUCAAGAAGAUCUCACGCCCAGAGGAAAGAUCUCGGUCUCAGUGGGAAUGGGAGUACCGUGAAAGUGCAUCCGACGCCGAAGUCAUCCCCGAGUCCGAGCCGGCAAGUCCACCACCAGGUCCUAGUACAGGCCCAGGUCUAUCCCCGCGUAAACGCAAAUCUCAACCCAGGGUGCGGUCCCGGUCGCAAUCACAAUCACGGCGACAGCGCUCAACUUCAGUGGCGGCUCCGGCAGCUUCGAAUGUUGCAAUCGUGAUACCAAGCUCUGCUCCUGCUCCUGCUCAUGCUCCUGCUCCUACUCCCGUUCUCGAGAAUCAAAUUGAUCCUGAGAGCCAACCCCCACCCCCACCACCUCAAGCCUCACAAGUGCCUCAAGUGCCUAAAGGCAAGGGCGAUCACCGUAAAACAGAUAUUGUCUGCCCGAUCAAACGAUGCUCUCGGCAUAGGAAUGGCUUCUCACGAACAUGGAAUCUCAACUUGCAUAUGAAACGGGUACAUCCAGGGUAUACGCCUGGAGAUCGUGAGCGAUCUCGGUCCCAAAGCACGCCCGGAGGUGUUGAAUUAAUUGAGAUCGACUAG